ACCACUCACCACCCACUGCAUUAUUCCAAAUCCAGAUCUUCUGUUAAGAGCUACUGGUAAUCGUUAGUCAAAGAGCGUGCCAAGCCAAGAACCAGGAUAUGGCCUCCGCUUCACUGAGCAGUCAGGCCUCUCUGGCCGUAGCAGCGCUCGUCGCUGCGGCGCUGCUGGUCGCCGCCAGCCACGCGACGCCCGCCGACGACAAGGCCAGGGCGCCAACGUCGGCCAUAACUAACAAGCCUGCCGAGCAUUCAGCCUACGGCAGCGCGAUGCCGCGAGGGUCGCCGUCGCCAGCAUCGCCAGCACCCGUGAACAAGGGUGUGCCGUCACCCGGCGGCACUGCUGCGCCGCCUCCGGGCUACAACAGCAACAAUGCCACGCCGCCGUCGCUGCCCCUCGUUCCGCCGCCGCGGCCGCUUCCAUUCGUCAUCGUAGAGGGCGUCAUAUACUGCAAGAGCUGCAAGGGGAAGGGCUACAACACCGGCAUAGACGCGUCGCCACUGCAAGGGGCCACGGCGAUGAUGGUGUGCUACGGGCGGAAGGUGGUGAACGCGACGGGGACGGUGACCGACGCCAACGGCUACUUCCUCAUCAUGUUCUACGACAUGGCCAGCUUCAGCUCCAAGACCUGCAAGAUGUACCUGGUCUCGUCGCCGACGCCGCAGUGCAGCAAGCCCUUCUACCCGCCCAACCAGUGGAUCGGGCUCUCCCUGGUCAGGGAGACCAGGACGGUCCCGCCGGCGGGGCUGCAGGGCAUCUACACCCCCACCAGCGUCCUCUUCUACGCCCCCGCCGCCAAAGGCCAGUGCCCCUACUGAUCACGACAUGACACGACACGGCCUCUUCCGACACCGUUGGACGCAGGCGAGGAGAUAGACCACUGUACGUGGUCGGCGCAUGGGGCGUACGUGGCCGCCGACGUGCAUGCAUAUGUUCAAUUCGACGCCGCCGGCGCCGUCGAACGCGCGAGACUGCGUGCGUCUUUUGGAUGCAUCUCGGUCGAUCCAGGCAGUAAGUAAUAAGCUAGCUAGGCAUUGCUGAAUUACAUUCCGGUGGAAGUUCCGUCUGCAGUGACGACUGAUUACGAUGUCGGUGAUAUUGACUUCUUUAUUUAUUAUUUUAAAAGUUGUCAUUUGUUCUUC